AUCCCAGGAAUUCGUUUCCUGUGAAAUUUGGUUGGCAAGAGGAGAGAACUGGACGUAGAGCCAAGCUCGGAGAGCAUUGACCAAGUUCCACAGACAGAGAUGGGCUCACACAACAGUCCUUUUACAGAUGGACGGAGGACGAGGAUGAGGACUCCCGGAGUUUAGAGCGAAUUAAACCCGCUUUCCCAGUCCGCUUGCACCGAGCAGGGAAAAACACACAUUACGGGGUUUCAGCCAUGGCUGAACCCCUGCUGAAACGGACCUUCUCUCGGCUGCGGGGAAAAGAUCGAUCCCGGCGGAAAACGGACCCCAAACUUAAUGACAUCCAGCGGAAGAGUGAUGUCAUCCAAAGCGCUUCAUCCUCAUCGUUGUCAACGGUAACGACAGCGGAGGCUGAACCACCGACCCCGCCAACGGAGGACAGCACCACCACCCCACGCACCCAGAUAACAGUGGCCAAGAAACAGCAGUGGGCCAAACUGGCCUCCACACCAGGGACAGAGGGCUCUCACAGCCUGCUCUACGGGGCUUGUGACUCGGAUAGCAGCUCAGGAAAGGCCCAGGUCUCAACCUCCAAACAGGCCUGGAGCCAGAAGACGUUAGUGGAGGCCGGGCUGGACAGGAGGAGGUGUGAUGAUUUAGACUGGGAGCAUCAGGGACAAUGUAGCACCUCCUUCUGUGAGCCUCCUCCCCUUGUCCACACCGCAGUCCCAGAGUUCACCAACCCUAUAGGAGGUUACGCUGAGAUCUGUGUCUCCUCCUGUAUGGUGAAGUCCUCGGGGUCAGGGGCCUAUCUCCAGACCCUGGACAGGAGCAGCCGAGCCUGGGUACUGUCCACAGGAAAGAGCCAGGCUGCCGACGAGUCCUACUCGCGUCUAGGCCUCCCCCCCAACUGCUUCGCCGAGCUGAGGCAACGCACAGAAGGGGACAACAACAUUUGGUACAACCCUAUUCCAGAGGAGGAGGACGUGUUGCGUGGCAUCGGAGGGGGAGGAGGAGGAGGAGGAGGGGGUGUUAGGUUAGACAGUGAGAACCCCUGGAGGAGGAGGGAGACAGAGGGGCUGUCAGAGACGUCGAGGGAUCCCCAGAUGAGGAGCCAGCGACGGGCAGGGAUGGUGGUGAGCCCUGGCACCGGUGGAGGUGGAGGAGGAGGAGGUGGAGGUGGAGGUGGAGGGGCCUCCCGUUUAGAGCGUCAUGCCACCCAGAACCAGUGCCCUUCAGGUGGCUCCAGCCCAGACAGCGCCCAUCAGACCAAAGCCAUCACAUUAGACAGCUCAGCCUGCAGUAGGAGAGACAGAGACGGAGACAGCCCAGAUGUAAUUCAACAGAUCCAGAGUGAGGAACUGCAGUCUUUCGGGGUUGCAGUUGGAGAAGGGGGUGUUUCCAGCUCCGGAGGAGGUGUGUCAGUCCCCUCAGACAGCCCCGGGGCCCAGAAGAAAGGGGGCGUGGCCAGCUCCGGAGGAGGUGUGUCAGUCCCCUCAGACAGCCCUGGGGCCCAGAAGAAAGGGGGCGUGGCCAGCAGCAUGAUGGACAGGAUCAAAUCCCCAGGAAUGGUCCGGAAAUCCCUUUCCAUGAAGAUGAAGAAACUCCCCGAACUCCGCCGUAAACUCAGCCUGCGCUCCUCUCGCUCCCAUCGCCACGGGAAGGAGGGGACGGGCCGAGGAGGAGGGGACGGAGGUGGAGAGGGGACAUCAUCCCCAGACGUCCGUAAGGAGCAGUCCAACGAGGUGAUCAGCAGGUACCACCUGGACACUUCGGCCCCGGCGAGACCACAACGACGCUCCUCCAGGGGACGUUCCUCUGCCGCCAGUAAGGGGGGCUACCUGAGCGACGGAGACUCACCUGAGCUGCUGCCCAAACAGGGUGGACCAGGGGGACCCUCAUCGGCCCACAACCCCCCUCUUCCACCACCCCGCUCCACCCACCACUCCAGCCAGGAGGGAGUGACCAUGACCUCUGACCUGAGCUCGUUCAGAGUCUACAACUUGUCGGACCAGCCACGGUGCGCCCAGCGCGUCUCCGGCCUGCUCACGGUGCAUCUCGUUGGGGUGGAGAAACUGCUGAGGGCCCCUAAACAGGACGCCAGUAAGAAGGUGUUCUGUGCCAUCCAGGUGGAUGGUGUAACCAGGGCCCGUACCGGCCUGCUAACCUCCAGGGGGGGCUCUCUGCCCCUCAACCACACCUUCAACCUGGAGCUGGAGAGGGCCAGGCUGCUGAAACUGGUGGUGCUCACCCCUUACCCCGGGGCUGAGACUACCACCACGAAGGGCAGCGACUCCACAGCAGCGACCAGGAACAGGGUCUGCUGUCUGGGGGCUGUGUCCAUACCCCCUCUGUUCAAAGCCUCUCGGUCUCAGCAGAUAUGCGUUAGAUUGGAGCCCAGGGGUCUACUGUACGUGAAGCUGACCCUGCUGGAGCAGUGGGAGCCCCACCCCCGACCCUGCCACCUCAACCCCCCCAUGGUGUUUGGAGUGGAGCUGCGCCACCUGGUGGACAAGGAGAACACCGCUGCCCCAGUUCCUCUGCUCAUACAGAAGAGUGUGGCUGAGAUCCAGAAGAGAGGACUGAGGGUGGUGGGUCUGUACCGUCUGUGUGGUUCAGCAGCAGUGAAGAAGGAACUGAGAGACGCGUUUGAGAGGGACAGCGCUGCUGUCAGCCUGAAUGAAGAGGUUUAUCCUGACAUCAACGUGAUCACAGGCAUUCUGAAGGACUACCUACGUGAGCUGCCGUCCUCCCUUAUCACCAGGACCUUGUACGAGGUGGUUUUGGAGGCCAUGUCUCUGAGACCUCCUCCUUCUCGCUCCUCCCCUGGAACCUCCUCUCCUGGCAGGAGCGAGGGAGACGUACAGCGCUCUCAGAGCACCGUGGCCCUACUGCAAUGUCUGCCUGAAGCAGAGAGGGCCACCCUCUCUCUGCUCCUGGACCAUCUGAGCCUCGUUGCCUCCUACAGUGACUGUAACCGAAUGAACUGUCAGAACCUGGCUGUGUGUUUCGGCCCGGUGCUCCUGACCCCCACCCAGGAGUCCUGGAGACCCACUGCACCAGGACAGGGCGGGCAGGGCGGGCGCGGGGGGAGCUGUGGAAGGGGCGGACGGAGUUUUGCUCACAGCGAGGAGAUCGCCAGUGCUGUGGACUUCAAGAGACACAUCGAGGCCUUGCAUUACCUGUUGCAGCUCUGGCCCAUUCCUACAGACAGAGUGACAGACAACCCCGACUCUCCCACCCUCCUCCAGCCCUCCUGCAGUUCAGACGUGCCUCCUUCCCCUCCCAGCCCCAUGCCCCAUAACCCCCUGCCGCGGCGCUGCCAGCGUGGCAUGUCACUGCCUCUGGACCUCCCGGGGGACGAAGUGGGCGUGGUGUCGCGACGUGGGCGGGGCCGACUGGAGAGCCCGCCCUGUAACCGGUAUGCUGGCGACUGGAGCGUGUGUGGGCGGGACUUCCUGUCCGGCGGCGAUGCGGACUACGACGAGGUGGCAGGGAGCGACAGUGAGGAAGAGGAGGAAGAGAGGGAGGUGAAGAAGGUGGAGUGGACUCAGUACGUAGACGACUUAGUUCUGGACUUUGACGCCCCGUUUACCUGCAGACUGAGUCUCAAAGACUUUGAUACGCUGAUAUCAGACCUGGAGAGAGAGCUGUCCAAACAGAUAAACAUCUGUCUCUGAGAGGGAGAGGAGAGGAGAGGAGAGGAGA